AUGUAUAUCAUUUGUGAAGCAAUGUCUAAGUGUACAGUAGAAGGUUUUUGGAAAUCCACUCAUAUUUUAAUUAGAAAACCUCAUGUAAUAAAUAAAAGGUUAUGGGGCUGUAAAAUUUUAAUAAACAUGGAAUAUAAUACAAAUUCUUACUUUUAUCAGUCAUUGGAAGACUUAAAGAUUAACAACAGCUGUGCUGUUAAACAGUUCUAUGAAAGACUAAUGAUUACUUUGGGUCAAUUAAACCUUAAAAAUAAAUUAGAAACAAACUUAAACUCAACUUUAGAAUGUUUAGUUAUAGAACUAUUACCUAAAAAUUAUGAUGAAAACCAUGCAUUUCAAUUUAUUGUAAUGGAUAAAGAAAAGGUUACAGUAACAUUUUGUGACAUCACUGUAUCUGAUAAUAACCAGAACUUAUGCCCCAAUUUCACAUAUUGCUUCUCAUUUAAAACUAAUAAAUUGAUAUUAAAAGCAUUUUCAGAAAAUUCUAAAUCUAUAUCAUGGCUAAAAGAAUGUGUUUUUCCUCAAUUUAACAAAUGGGCUGAAGAACCUGAAUUGGAUUUACAUAAAUCCAUUUGUAUAGAUUCUUUGAGUUUGAUAUCCAGUGAUAAAUUUUAUGAUAAAUACAAUGAAUUAAAAAUUAAAUAUGGAAAAGAACUUGUAAAGAUAUGGCCUGAGUGUACAGACCCUUCUAAAUUUGUGUAUGAAGAUAUAUCUAUAGCCACAUACUUACUGUUGCUGUGGGGUAAUACAUCAAAUACAACAUUUGUAGAUGUCGGUUGUGGCAAUGGAUUGUUAGUUUACAUCUUAACAAUGGAAGGUGGUAUAGGUCUUGGUGUAGAUAUCAGGAAGAGAGGUAUCUGGGAUAUGUAUCCUAAUAAUAUAAAAUUAGAGGAAAAAACAAUAACACCAGCUAAUAUUAAGGAUUUAUCUAAAUAUGAGUGGAUAAUUGGAAAUCAUUCAGAUGAACUUACCCCUUGGAUUCCGGUUAUUGCCGCCCAAGGCUAUAAUAAUAAAUUUUUCCUACUUCCUUGUUGUGCAUUUAACCUAAAUGGAACAAAAUACAAGAGACGAGACUCAUCAAAAAGUCAAUAUGGUGACUAUUUAGAAUAUAUUAAAUCUCUUUGUGAAGAUUUUGGUUUUGAUGUAAAACUAGACAGGUUGAAAAUUCCUAGUACAAAACGCAUAUGCCUUGUAAGUGAAAAGAGGGCAUAUCAAGAAGAAGAAUAUGAAAAGUAUUGCUGUUUUAUUCAAGAGACAUUGAACACAGCACUGAGAAUAAACAGUAAUUUAAAUUUUAAAGCAAGGGAAAAAGUUGAAAAGGUAAGAAAUUGUACACAAGUUGAUAAAGAUAUCUUGGAAUGGAUUGUUCAAUGUAUUGCAAAAUAUUUAAUACAAGGUUGUGAGCUUGAAAAAUCAUGGUCUUCUGGAAAAGAAGUAGAAAUUGCUGAGGUUAUUAAUCUUAUUCCGGAAAAUAUAUUAAAAAACCUUAAAUCUGAAUGUGGAGGCUUGCAAACUCUUCUAAGAAAUAAUCAUCAUAUAUUCAAAGUAAUUAAAGGAAAAGUUCAGUUAAGAUACCCAAAAACUAUAGAGGAAGUUAAAAAAACUAUGAAGCAUAAAAAUAAAACCUUUAAAGUGCAAGUUAAGCAGUGCUGGUUUUAUGACAAUCACCCACAAGGCUGUCCAUUGUCUGAUGACAAUUGUAGUUUUUUACAUUUUGUAAAAUAA